AGAAGUUCCUAAAAUCAUAAUUUUUCUCUAUCAAGAGAAAGUGAAAAUUUUCUCCAUCUUCCGAAUUUUGUAGAGAGCAUCAUGUUCGCUUGGAUUACCGAACUGGACACCGAAAGGGUACCACUGGCAGCCAGACUUCGGAACUUGUGGCCAGUACUGGUACCUUUAUGUAUUACUUUUGUUUUAACACUGGUGCAGUGGUUGUGGUGGAAGUAUAAUGUGUGGAAUUUGAGUUCUUUACCAACAUCCAAAUGUAAAUAUCAUGUGAUUAUGACAACGACGAUACUGGCAUCUGUGUUUAAAAACAAAGUGGCGGAUGCAAACGUUUUAUUCUUCCAGAUACUCCGAGGGAUGUGCAGUAUAACCCAGCAGAUGAACCAGGGCAUUUUUUACUUUUGGACAGGACUGAGACCAGUCGUAUUCUGCUUCUCCCCAGAGUUUUUCGAAGCGAUUUUGAAAAACCCGAACAACGUUCGGAAAUCCUUUGACUAUACAUUUCUAUCGCUAUGGCUGAAAGAAGGAUUAGUAACGAGCGAAGGUCCCAAAUGGAAACAAAGAAGACGCGCACUUACUACAGCGUUUCAUUUUCGCAUUCUUGAAGAUUUCGUCAGUGUGUUUGAUGAUCAGUCGAAGUAUAUGGUAGAAAAACUCAAAAACGUCACCGAAAAGAACCGAGUCAUAGAUAUUGUGCCUUAUAUCACUCGAUGUACUUUAGACAUUAUUUGCGAAACAGCCAUGGGGUUGCGCAUCAACGCUCAAGAUAAUGAAGAUUCAUUUUAUGUUCGAGCUAUGCACAGAGUUGCCGAAGGUUUUAUCGGACGUUUGUUAAGGCCGUGGUUAUGGUCAGACUUGAUUUAUUUCAGAACCAAAAGAGGUCAAGAAUUCAAAGCAAAUGCAGCAAAAAUGGACGAAUUUACCAGAAAGGUUAUCAUAGAACGAAAAUCUGAACUUUUGGCAAGGCUUAAGAAUAACGAGGAUACUUUAAAUAGAAAUCCCGAAAAGAAGAAAGCUUUCAUGGAUUUGCUUUUGGAUAUGCAUUUAUCUGAUCCGAAAAGCUUCACGGAGAGGGAUAUCCAAGAAGAGGUCGAUUCUUUCAUGUUCGCUGGUCACGACACCACUGCCGUGGGCACUAGCUGGGUGCUGUACCUGCUGGGAUUGCAUCCGGAAGUGCAGGACAAAAUCCUCGAAGAACUGGACAGGGAAUGCGGAGAUGAUCCCGACAAGCCAUUUCAAGAGGAUUGCUUAAAAAGACUCAAGUACUUGGAGUGCGUCAUUAAGGAAGCGCAAAGGAUAUACACGCCUGCCCCUUUCAUUGGACGCCAAUUACAGGAAGAUGUGGAAGUCGACGGCUUUAAAAUUCCGAAAGGCACAACAUGUAUGCUGGUCAUUUACAUGUUACAUCGCCACCCGGAAUCGUUUCCGGAUCCUGAAAUUUUCAACCCGGAUCGCUUUUUGCCAGAAAAUUGCCUGGACAGACAUCCUUUCGCUUAUUGUCCAUUCUCAGCUGGAUCAAGAAGUUGCAUUGGUCAAAAGUUUGCAAUGCUAGAAGAAAAAGUAAUGAUUGCAAACGUUUUAAGGAAUUUCAGAGUUCGAUCCGUGGACCAAAGGGACAAGCUUCACUUAUCAGCCGAGAUGGUUCUCAGAUCCAGAAAUGGAAUCCGUCUUGAACUUACUCCCAGGAAAUAAUUUAUUUGUAAUAUAGUUAAUUUAUUUCCAAUGGAAAAAUAUUGUUUUCCGACUAUCGUAUGAUAAUUGAUAUACAUUAUUUUCAAAGUAACCACAUAAUUAGAAUUUAAGUAUCCAUAUUUAGAACUUUAGAACUCUGUAGAGAGGGGAAAAAAAUAAGAAAUUCCAGAUUUUAGGAGCUGAGAAGAUAAAUGAUUAAAGAAAAACCAAAUAAAUAAUUGGGAAGACCUAUACAACCCUUAGUUUGAACAAUUGAAUAAUGAUAGUAAAAUUACGGAACAAUUAUCAUGAAUGCAUUAAUUACAAAUCAUACAAUAUAAUUAUAUGGAAAGAUAGAAAGAAUUUUAAAGUAAAAAAAAUUUCUAAAGAUAAAGAACAAUUCUAAAAUAAAGAAUUCUAAAGCAGAAAAAAUGUUAAAGGUAAAGAAUAAUUUUAAGCUAAAGAAAUCUAAAGUAAAAAAAAAAAAAAAAAAAAAAAAAAGAGCAAAGAAUAAAGAAAGACCAAAUCGUAGCUAAAGAAUUCUAAAGUAAAAGAAAUGCUAAUUUUAUGUGGAAAUUAUUUUUUAUACAUCAUUCAUUUCUCAUGUUUUGGAAGACAUAUCAUCAAGAAUGGCUGUUCUUAAUUGUGGAUAUCUUUUUCCCUACAAUUCUGAUAAUUAUAAAAGCUCUGUUUCACUUCUAUGGAUAUUUUCUCAUGGUUCAGUAUUGAAUGCAAUAUUUAUAUGUUCGGAAAAUAGUUUGAGCAAAUUUUUGUACACGCAAUUAUUUUUCAAUAAAGGAAUUUGGUACAAAAUUUUUCUAUAUUUUUGAAUGUAGAGAUAACUUGAUUCUGAGAAAAUAUAAAUCUCAUUUUAUUAUUUUGCUAAAAUCUUGCAAAUUGAAUCGCAUCGGUGAGAACUUAAAUCUCAAAUACUUCAAGUCCGAAUUUGACCCACUGGCAUUAGGAAAAGUAAUAAUAAAAAUCAAAACGUUUAAUUAAUAAUCCAUUGUCAUUAAAGAAUUGAAUGAACCGCGUUUGAUGAAACUUAUUCAACCUCGCACUGCAGGAAUUAAAUACACCUAAUCGGCAUUACUUUGGCAUGCUGUUCCUGAUAGAAGAAGGACUUGUUACCAUAACAUACCGUUAAUUUGGUUUAGCUUAACUGUAUAAACCAGACUUAAAGCCACAUCAACGUUAUUUAGGGACAGAUCCCAAAAUUUUGAACAGUGAUCAGAAGAGGAAGAUAUCAAAGAUGCUAACCCUUCUCCAGAUUACUAUGUCAAACUAUUACUAUUAUAUCCGAUGAAUAAAUUUUUUUAUCAAAUUUAACAGGUGUCAACAACGUCAUCAAUAUGUCAGCAAAUAGAGGGAGUCGAAACACAUUUAAGUUUUGAAAUGGAGUCAUUUUUAUCUUGAAGCCGAAAUUUUAAUUUCAUAUAAGAAUGCAUCAUCAUUCAUUAACUGAUAUAUUAUGUAAAUUGAACCAUCUGUGUAUGAAAUAUUAAGUUAAAUAUUAUUCUGUUGUCGCUGAACGAAAUUUUAAAAGUAAAAUAUAUCGUGUAAGAGUUAUAAAUACAGCGUUCCGUAACCAUAAUCUGACUGAAGUAUUACAAAAUUUGGCAUGAAAGACUUAUCACGGGCAGAAAGAUUAAAUAUUUAGCUAACCAAGUUUCCUAACAUAUAAAGAAUGGUGACUUUUAGUGGAGUGUGUUAAAAGUGGAGUGACGUUAUUUGUUUCCUAUUUCAUGUCGCAAACGGUAAACGAAGUGACGGGGCAGACAGGAUAAACAGAACUUAAAGGCACACAGGAUUGCAAAGGCCGAUAUAACUUUCAUAACAUGUUUUUUAUUUUCUUUAUAAAUAUAUCAAAUAUUUAUAAAAAAAUUCAUAUAUUCUUUCAGAAAAGUUACAAAACAAGAACAAAGAAAAAGCUAUCGAACAAAAUUUUAAUAUCCAUGUGUUAGAAAAUUUAUCCCUCUAUGAAAUAAUUAUUUAAAUAAAAAGAAUUAAUAUAUCAUUUUUCUAAAACGGACUAAAAAAUUUAAAGUAAUUUCUCUUAACACAUACAGAUUAUAAUUGCGAAUUUUAUGAAUUCAUAUGAUUAUUUAAAAAUGCACGUGAUUGUGAAUUUUAUGAAUUCAUGCGAUUAUUUAAAAAUACACGUGACUGCUAAUUAAAAAAAUAAAUACACUCACAAAUUUUCAGGGCUAUCUGUAUUAGGCUAAAGGAAAUUAUUUCAGAUUUUUAGUCCGUUUUAAAACGUGGAUACAUUAUAAUUCUUUUUCUUAAGUAAUUAUUUUCUGCUUUUUAAUAUUGUGUGCCUAUGAAAUUUUGCAAUCAAUUUAAAACUAAUUACUCGAUGAGCUACAGCUAAUGAUAAAAUUUAUACCGAAAGACAGGAAAACGAGUUCAUGUUGCACAGUCAUUUAGUUCUGUUUAAAGUUUGAAGUCUCUAUCUUAUGAAUAAUUUAGUUUAAAAUAUCACAAAAUGUGUGCAGAACAAGUAAACAAAUGGAAAUACAAGAGAGCGAGUUAAUAAAAACGUAUUCAAAAGUUAAUAAAAAACACAAACAUUACUAAGGCUUGUCAUCUGUCGGUCAUGAAAAUUUCGAUUGCUCAAAACCUAUUGCGAAAUUUGUACCGAAAAAGGCACAAAAAUAGACGGACAAGAAAGUUAGUUAAUAUUGCAUUAUCAUCCAACGUUGUGCAAUUUUUAAAAUCUCAGAUUUCUAGCUCUUUGGGAAAUUAGAUUAAAAUAGAUUUCAAGCUAUGUACUGGAGCAGACAGAUAAGAAAACAAGUUAAUAAAAGAGUGUUAAAAAGAAUUGUUUAUCUUUAUUUUCUAUUAGCCUGUUUAUUUAACUUGGAUUUAAAUUAAAUCUUAAUUCGCUAUUAUUAAUUUUAAAGUUAUAUAUGAUGCUUUUAAUAUUUUUCUAAGUCAUAUUAUUUUGCUUUUAUUUUUUACCUCGAUGGCAAAUGUAGAAAUGCUUUUAUUUGUAUCACUACUUUAAAUACACUUAAAUAAAGAUUUCAUUUCAUUUCA